AUGCUCAGCAGUACAGCAGAUCUGAGAGAUCGCUUUAUAGACAGAACAGCCGAUACCUCUGAGAGGUCCUCACCCAGAGCAUCAGACCCAUUCUCCUUUUCCUGCUCAGAGUGUGGAGAAUGUUUCACCGGGUUAUCCGCUCUCCUCGAACAUUAUCAAACUCACACAAGCGGGGGGUCAUUUAUAUGUUUGACGUGUGGGAAAUGUUUUAAGGCAGACAAGCCAGGUCCGGGGCAGAAGAGGGCGCACCUUGGUGAGAAGCCGUUCAUCUGUGCUGAGUGCGGGAGAUGUUUCGCCUGGCAGUCGGCCCUCGAUAGGCACGAACUGACCCACUCUGGGGAGAGGAGGUUUCAUUGUCUAGAAUGUGGAAGGAAUUUCGAAUUCCGGUCAAAGUUCAUACAACACCAGAGGAGCCAUACUGGCGAGAAGCCUUUCCCAUGUUCAGAGUGCGGGAAGUCCUUUCGGCAAAAGUCACGGCUCCGGGCCCAUCAGACCAUCCACAGAGGGGAGAAGCCGUUUGCCUGUUCGGAGUGUGAGAGGUGCUUUAUUGCCAAAGCAGACCUGGUCAGCCACGAGAGGGUUCACACGGGGGAGAAGCCCUAUUCCUGCCCGGAGUGUGGGGAAGGCUUUGCCUGGUCUUCCCAUCUCCGGAACCACCUGAAAAUUCACGUCCUAGAGAUGCCAUUUUCCUGUGCCAAAUGCGGGAAGGGCUUCAUGGACAAGGCGUCCCUUAUUCGGCACCAGACCACCCACACGGGCGAGAAGCCCUUUACCUGCACAGAGUGCGGGAAAGGCUUUUCCGAUAGGUCGUACCUCUACCGCCAUCGCAGAAUCCACACGGGGGAGAAGCCGUUUUCGUGCUCAGAGUGCGGAAAAGAAUUUGUAGACAAGUCAAACUUUAUCAGACAUCAGAGGCUUCACACCGGGGUCAGACCGUUUGCCUGCUCAGAGUGCGGGAAAUGUUUCUCACAGACUUCACACCUUGUCAGUCACUACAGAGUCCACACGCGUUGA